UUGUUUGACUUGACUGGAAUUCCAAUGGUGAACAUCAUUCACCACAUGAAAAAGCCUCUGCAGAAUUGGCAUAAACAAUCUUCUGCUGAUUCCAUUCAUUUAAUUUUGUUUUCCCUGUAGACUGAUUAAAGUUUUGUUUCUUGAAAUGAUGGGACAACCUGUUCAACCUGUCAACCACUUAAGAAGAAGCAAAAAGAGUGUCUUGAGUUGGUGAUUGAUAAAGAAUUUGCCUGAGAAAGCCAUAAACUACCCAAGAACAUUAUAUGAGGAACCAUGAUUCCUCCCAGCAGUGGCUUACUAGUAAAGAAAUUCCCUGCCAGGCAGGGUAUGGAUGUACAAUGGACAAAUCCUUUCAGCUUUACUUCCAGUUAUAUAUCUAAAGCCAGUAUCAGCCCUUUAAGGUAGCCAAUUUAGGAAACAGAUUCCACAAGGACUACUGAACCUUACUUUAUUGUUGCAGAAUAUAAUACAAUUUUGACAGCCUGAUGAAAGUUCUCUCUCCAUGCUCUCAUACUAAAGUAAAUCAAAGCAAGAGACAAUCUUGAGGGUUUUUUUCUCACUCCUUCCAGACGGCUAAACUGGUGUUUGCAUAACUGCUGUUGAACUUCUUCAAGGGCAACUCCAUGUUCCUCUUCACCAAUGGCUAUUCAGUUCAAGAGCUUUGCAAUUUAGGUCCCCUGGUGGAUCUAUGACAUGAUUUUAAAAAGUGACUAUGAAAGUCAGGAUCUGGUCUCCUUCUCAGCCCAAAGAGGAUCAAGAGGGCAAGAGAAUAGGUCAGGAGCUCGAUGAAAAGGGGUGUUCUAACAGGAAACUGGCAGGAUCAGUUGGAGCCACAAAUUUGCCUAUACAUCAUUUCAAAUCUCCUCCUCCAUGUAUAUCAACAUAACCAGCAUUGCUGACAUACCAUAUCUGGAGGGAAGAGAGAAAACACAGCUUCCAGAGCAGAACACCUAAAGCUGUCUUCAGGCUGCCUCGCUUAUGAGGCUGCAGAAGUGCUGAAUCAGUACCUGGAACCAGUGAUGGGUUGGAUGAGAGCCAGGAGAUUAAAGUUUAAUUUCAACACAUUGAAGAUUCUGUAGGCUGAUUUUUCCCCUUUCAGUGUGGGACAAACAGAUUAUGUACAAUGGGACUACGAAUUCAUUUUGUUGUUGACCCUCAGGGCUGGUUCUGUAUGGGCCUGUUAAUCUUUAUCUGGCUUUACAAUACUCUCCUCAUUCCAAAAAUUAUCCUCUUUCCACACUAUGAAGAAGGACACAUAUCUGCAGCUGCUAUACUAUGCUACUAUCUAUUUUCAUUGUUCUGUGUUGCCUCAUUGUUAAGAGCUUCGGUAGCAGAUCCAGGGAGAUUACCUGAAAGCCCAAAGAUACCAAUUACAGAAAAAGACUCUUGGGAAUUAUGUAACAAGUGUAAUAUGAUGAGACCAAAGCGUUCCCAUCACUGCAGUAGAUGUGGGCACUGUGUUAGAAGAAUGGAUCAUCACUGUCCAUGGAUUAAUAAUUGUGUUGGUGAAGAUAAUCAUUGGCUGUUUUUGCAGUUGUGUUUCUACACAGAACUCCUGAGUUCUUACACACUCCUACUUAAUUUCUGCCACUAUUACUACUUUGAACCAUUAAGAAAAGUUAAUGUGGAUGUCUUUGUGUUCAGACAUGAGCUUGCCCUAACAAGAAUAUCGACAUUCAUGGGUUUAAUUAUGUUAGUUGGAAUUACUGGACUCUUUUAUACUCAGCUAAUUGGUAUAUUUAAUGACAUUACAAGUAUAGAAAAAUUGGCCAACUGUUGUGAAGAAAUAUCAAGACCUCGAAAGCCAUGGCAGCAGACCUUCUCAGAAGUUUUUGGCACUCGCUGGAAGAUCCUGUGGUUUAUUCCUUUCAGGCAAAGGCGACCACUGCGCAUUCCCUACCACUUUGCCAAUCACGUCUAAACAGAUGGAUGGUAGGCACAGAUGGGUUCUCCAUGCUGGAUGUGUGUUGCAGGUUUUGUGAUAAUAGAACUACGGCACUCCUAAAGUCAAUUAAAAUCUACCCACCAAUCUUAGACGUCACAACGUGCCCCAGGCUUUAUUUUAAUAAUGAAGAUCUUUAUUCUGCUUAGGGAUUAAGGCACACUUCCCUAUUUACGUUCAAAGUGUACUUACAUUCAGAUUAGCAUCGCAGAGAAAUCACUGCAGGGUCAUAAUAAAAACAAUGAUUGAUGUACAAAUAUUAUUUUGCUUUUGAUACUGGAUAAUACAAUUGAUUUUGCUAGAAAUUCUGUCAUUUACACAGAUCAACAGGUUCGGAAGUGUCUUGACUGGUUUGAAUUGCUUUUUUUUUUUUUAUCAGUCGUACUAGCUGGGUUAUGUAGAAAUGUCUGUUUUCAUAUUCAUUAGUUUUAAUGCCUCCAAUGCCUUUUUAUUUAUGAUGCAUGUUGUUAAAAUGCAGCUUAUCUCUAGAGAAGACUGGCAUUUUAACAAUGGAUUUUUAAAAGGAAGAAUGAUGUUUGUUCCUGAUGUUUUAAAAAAAAAAUUGUUGUUAUGUAAAAACAAGGCAUAAAAUCCAUUGCUGUUUUGAAAGAAAAAUAGGUUAUAAAAUGUGCAAUUUUCUUCUUUGUACAUGCAAUAAUUAGCCUUAAGUGCUAGAUGUGUCUUAGAAGUAUAUACUGAGUUAAAAAAAACAAAGCUUAUGCCAUGAUCCAGCCAAAGUUAAGCACCUUUUAAAUCCUACUUAUAUUAGUGGUACAUUUAGUAUUUUUUUUCAUUCACUCCCAAAAGAACAGGCAAGCUGCUGUGUUGCAGAUGGAAUACUGGCAGAUACGUUUUUAUGCGUUUAAACUGCAAUCCUACACACUUACCUAUAAGUGAUUUAUUUUGAAUAGAUAUGCAUAGGAUUCUACUAAGUGCCUAAUUUUGGUGCGAUUGUGCCUAUAAAAUUUAUCAACAUUUACUAUAUCGUAUCUACUGAAAACAUAUACAGUACUGUGGUGUUGUUUCUAUGUACUAUGUUUCCUGUUUUGUACUGUCGCCACUAGAAGUAUUUAAAAUUUAAAUUUCAUGCGUCCAUAGAUCAGGUAAUAUAUGUUGGAGAUAUUUUAACAAUAGUAUUUGUAUAGUAAAUAUAGAUGUUACAUUUAGCAUUAUCUACUAUUAACAUUCUAAAUAUGAAGCGAAGCAGGCAUGCCUGCAAAGCAAGAUUAUGAUUGGCAAAAAUAGGCAAUUUGAGUUGUAGAUAAAUUAGUCUUUUGGUUUGCAUCCCAGCUAUUUUUUAGUAGUAAAAUUUUAGGAAGAUCAUUCUUUUAAAACGAAUGCUUGCUGAGCUGAGGCUUAUAUAGAAACAAAAUCAGUGAUCAGUGAUCAGUUUUGAAAACUCUCUUAAGAAGCAUCCCCUUAGGUAAUUAAGAAGUAUGGGGGUAUGGAAGUGGCCCUGAGCUUCUGGAUAAAGGGCAGGAUAUUCUUCUAAUAAAUAAAUAGGCCCAACUGGGAGGACAUGUUGGCUUAAGCUCAGGCUUACAACAGGCAUGAUGUACCUAUGUGCAUUGUUGAGAAUGCAUUUUUUCAUUCACUUGGCCUUAUCCUAUCCUUUCUCCACUUACGUUUGCCAAAUAAGUCAAGAAGUGAAAGAUAACUUCAGUUCUUGCAUCUCUACUGUACUUUUGAGCCUUUGUGCUUAUAAGAGCUGCAAGCCUGCCAUACCUAACUGUGAGGCCCAUAGUUACAGAUAGUCCUCAACUUACAACCACAAUUGAGCCCAAAAUGUAUGUUGCUAAGUGAGAAAAUUGUUAAGUGAGAUUUGCCCUGUUUUAUGACUUUUCUUGUCAUGUUUGCUAAGUGAACCACUGCAGUUGUUAAGUUAGUAACACGAUUGGUAAGUGAACUGGCUUCCCCAUUGACUUUGCUUCUCAGAAGGUUGCAAAAGGGGGUCACAUGACCCCGGACACUGCAACCGUCAUAAAUAUGAACCAGUUGUCAAGCAUCCGAAUGUAAAUCAAACGAGCAUGGGGAUGCUGCAAUGGUCAUAAGUGUGAAAAAUGGUCAUAAGUCACUUUUUUCAGUGCCAUUGUAACUUCGAACUGUCACUAAAUGAACUGUUGUAAGUCAAGGACUACCUGUAUUUGGGGGCAGAUACAUACUGGCUAGUGAGGCAGCCCCAGGAACAGAUGCUGCUUCUUUUGAGUUGCUAAGAGGUGCGUGCAGGGAUGCUUCAAAUCACCUUUUCCCUACAGAUCUGGACUGAUGUACAAUUGUAUUCUUGAGCAUCAAUAUCAUUUUAUGAGUAAUGGCACACAGAAUAAAUACUGAUGACAGAUGUUAGUUCAAUUGAUAUACAAAAACAACAAAUUAUGCUAAACCAUUUCUGACAGAUGUUUACACUGAUUAUACAUGUAUCUGUUAAUAUAACAUUCUGUUCACUUGUUUCGAACAGCUUCCAUAUCCUCUUUCCUUAUGUCUACUUUCCAUUCAUUCUGAUUGGAGAUUUAUCUUGUCUUCUAACACUUUUUCAUAAAAGAUAGCUAUAUCAUCUUUCUGAAAUUGGCUAACUUUCAUUUCUUUCAUUUUCCUUUUCUGUCAUGGUCAUUUUUUUCUGACGAUCCAUUCUUGACAGUCCCAAAAAUGGUUUAUUCCACACUCAGAGCUUCUCUUACCAUGCCUCUAUCCCCUUCAAGCUUUCAUCAUAAACAAUCAAAUCAACCAGACUUUUAAAUUUAUGUGCUUGCUAUAUGUACAAAUGAACUGAAUCUUGCUUAUGAAUUUGAAAAAAAUUGCAACUUUUUCUAAGCAGAUACACACCAUAUAUUCAUCAUUGUCAUUCAUUUUGGGGUGUCUAAACAGUCCAGUCCUUUUCUAUAUUUUCUUUUACUUCAUUCAAAUGAUGUAGAACAGCGGUGUCAAACUCGAUUUCAUUGAGGGACGCAUCAGGGUUGUGUUUGUCCUCAGGGGGCCGGGGUGGACUUGGCCAGGGUGGACAUGGCCAGAUUGGUGUCACUCCUGUUGAGGGUGCCUGUGGUGGUCCGAGCGCUCUCCCAGCGAAAACAGGUUCCCAAGCUCCGUUUUCGGUUGCCACGCCUCCUGCAAACCUCUGCCAGUGAAAAUGGAGCUUGGGAGGGCCACACACAGCCCUCCCGAGCUCCGCUUUCACUGGCAGAGGUUUGAAGGAGACUGUGGCAACCGAAAACGGAGCUCGGGAGCCCAUUUUUGCUGGCAGAAGCACUGUGGGCCAGUCCUUCACUGUUUCCAGAGUGGCCCUGCGGGUCAGAUCUAAAUACCCACAGGCCAGAUCCGGUCCCUGGGCCUUGAGUUUGACACCCCUGACCUAAAAGACCAAUGUUUUCACCUGGAUUGCAUUCAUUCAUUCAUUACAUUGCACAUUUUCCAUGUCGCCUUCCUACUUCUUCUACCAUUUACAUACAUUGGAACAUAAACGAGCAACUAUCACCAACUUAUAGGUUCAUACUUUUGUAUGCACCCAUAACCACUCAAAUAAUGCCAGUUCAUAUUUUCUGACAUAUUUUGACCCAUUCCUUAUUGGAACUAUAUCUUUAUUUUUUAACAUAUUCUUUAAUUCAAAAAGUAUAAACCUCCUACAUUCCCAUCUAUUACGUCUUCUUCAAUGUUUCACAGACAUACAACAUAUUUAUUUUUCUUUCCUAUAUUUCACUUGUUAGUCCAUGCAUUUGGGCCUUUACUUCUUUAAUGAUCCACAUUGUGCUCCUCAUCUUCUACUUGUCAAGAUUGUUCCCUGAUGGACCUUAAAGGUAAUAACUUCUGUGGUCCAACUUAGCUUUGCUUAACUAUUCUUUCCCCUAUCGCCUUUUAGUAAGAGAAGGUGUAAACUAUCUUACUAGCUGUAGUGUACCUAUGCCACAUGCAGCAUUCCCUGCUAAUGGAGAGUAAAGUACCGGUCAUGACCAGCAUGACCUAAGUCCAACUAAAGUAUUGUCAAUGUAUUCUGUGCAAGUUUCAAUCUCUAAUAUAGAGACUUCCUUGGAACCAAGUAUCCUGUUGCUUCACUCUGUCAGAUAGGAGUCAUAUAUUAUGUAGUGACACAUACAUAGGAUGUUAUGAAGUAUAAUAGCUGUGAAAUAUAUUUAUUACCAAAUAAUUCACAGAUGGAACAUGAAUUUCACCAUUAAUCUGUCUCCCAUCUUCUCAUAUAAAUACUGUAUGUGUUGGCAGUUUUUAUUACAUUACUGGUAUAAUUAUUUUGAUGAAACUAUUACAGCUAAUUUGGUCUAGACAACCAGUUUUGUCAGGAGACUGUGAGUUCUAGUCCAGCCUUAGGCACAAAAGCUGCCUGGGUGAUCUUGGGUCAGGCUUUCUCUCAGCUCAACUCAUGGGUUGUUAGGUGGAGAAUACAGUAGGAUGAGAAAGGAAUAUUAGGUAUGUUCCUUGAAUUAUUUAUAAAAAUAAUUGGGAUAUAAAUAAAUAUCACUUUACGUUUUGCAUAAACUUUGGAGUAGCCCUUGGUAGUUCCACCUUGAGAACUUUGGCACAUAAUAGGAUAUUGAUUGAAUUUAAAUAAUUUACAGAUAGAACCUUUCAAAUUCAUUCCAAAAUGACAUGACUGUGUUGUCUCCCAUGUCUUGAAAGUCACUCAGACAUCUGGAUCCAUUUACAGGGUUUAAUGACUCUUGAAUGCAUUCUUUUACGAACUGCAGCGCCAAAUUCUGCAACACCAAUAGAUUUUAAAUCAGAAAAGCUAGUCUGUGGAGAACGUUCAUUGGUAACAUUUAGCUCAAAAUUAAAAUUGAGAAUAGAGAAAGCAUUGAAAGCUAAACAUAUACUAAACAGACUGCAUUCCAUACUUGAUUGUUGUUUAAAUGUGGCAAAAAAGUGUUAUGAAUAUGUCUUUUCCAAAAAAUUAAUGCUAUCUAGAAUAUACGUACAUAAACCUUUGUCCCAUAUUGUUUGUACAGUACUUGAGAUAUCUACCCUUAUUUUGUUCUUGAAGUGCCCUCUCUUGGUUGAUUUGUGCAAUUUCAUUACUAUUAAGAAAAGUAGGUAGUUGUAUGCCUUAUUUUUUCAUACACACAUAAUGAAUUUGUAGGAGAAAAAAGUCAUUAGAUCAUGUUGUGUAGGUGAUGCAGCAAGAUUAUACACCAAAUUCUUUCCAUAAAGGAAAAGAUAAUACAAUAAGAUUCUGUACUUUCUUGAUCUGCCAGUUAAUAAUGUUAGCUGCUUGACUGGUCAGUGAUCAUAUUAAAAUGGAUCAUAAAAAAUAAUUAUGUUCCUGUCCCAAAAAAACCGAAAACCCACAAACCAAGGUGUGUCAGAGAAAUAGAUUUUUGUGCCUAUUAAGAUAAAAAGUUCAGUAAAAUGUUUUCAUUCCAAACAUUCUCCAUAUUCUUUGAAAUAGUGACAUAUAAUGUCAUAUAAUGCAUAUAGUAAUGUUGGUUUAAAGAGAGUAUUGAGAAUAUCUGUUUUGAGAUAUUGCCUUUUUUAAUAUUGAUAGUCCUGUGGAUUUUCAUAAACAUUAAAAUCCAGAUUUAGGAAAAUGUUUUCCCUAUGUAUAUAAAAGAUAAUAUUAGGAUAAUAAAUUGAGAGGUUAGUUGUGACUAAAUAUGUUUUAAUAUGAGUAGGACAGCUGCUUAAUUUUCUUUCUUAUUCUGCAUCUGUUACAUUUGUUCAUAAUCUCUUGAUUUUGGUGCAUGAAUUUAAACAAGUGUUCAGAGUAGAUAUUGUUCACAAAAUGCUAAGUAUUAUAUGGUGCAAAUUAUACAAUAUUUGGACAGUUAUUUAGCACCUAAAUUAUUUACAGAUAUUUUAGACCGCAUUAUUUGCUUAGUUAAUAUAUUUUAGCAUUUUUAUUUAGGAUCCCCUCAAAAUAGUUUGGAAUAAUUAGUAAUAGUUUUGUUUCCUAAGGACCUAUUUUGUAACUGCAAUUCAUCUCUUCAUAAAAAGUUCUUAACCAGUGUUCUUAUAAGAUAACCAUAUAGCUAUCAAUAGCUACUGUAUAUAUAUAGUAUGUUAGAUUCUCCAUUGUCCAGAACUGUUGUUAAAAAUUGCAAUCUUAAUUCACUGUUGCCCUUUAGAAAGAUGAAUUAUAAUUCUGCCUUGUAUGUGCUAAGUGGAGUAUAUUACCAAGAGGUCAGUGAAUAAUCCACAACUAAAAGAAUGCUUGGGAGCUUUUUCAUAACAGCUGAAUAAUUAUGAAAGCAAAUUGGUAGGCUGAUGGCAAAGUUCCCAGUGAUCAGAGUGAUAGGUUGGGUUUUAUUGACUGAUGGAGGUUUUAAGGACUAGCAUACCAUUGUCCUCCACCUUUCCCAGGUAUAUGGCUUACAGUGGGGGUCCAAGCCUUCCAAUCCUUAACGGGGUCCACAGCCCAUGUUAGCUGAACCUUCUGUGCAUUCUGGCAGCCAUCUGUGUAGCACAAGUGACUUGGCUCAGUUAGCCUACAGCCGCUUCUGCCUGAAUUCCAGUGUGUUUUGGAUGCGUGUGAAGCCUCCAUAUUGUGCCAUCUGCAAAGCUUCUUGGGAUAAGUAGUUCCAUUGCAAUUCAUCCAAUUUUUUUCCCUGAGAUUUCAAUGACAAAAAGUAUCUGUUGAGCUACAAUAUUAUUAAAGUAAAAUAUAGGGAAAAAAUGGUUUUGACUGAAAUGUGCAAGGCGUUUCGACUUAAAAUUCACGCUCAUACAGCUGUUGUUUUUCUUAAAUCAUGUGUCCUAUUUGUAAAUAGAAGAAUCCUAUUCUAACCUUGAAGGUUUAAUGCUCUGUGCCAACUGUGAUUCUUAUAAAUAAAAGUUGCUUGUUGAUGGACAUAUUUCCAUAUUUGUUCCUGCCAUUUAAUAGACACCUUCCUACUAAAAUUAAGAAUUUUGCCAAUUGACUUUGACCAAAAAAUUAACCAUUUAUUUUUAUCAACUCUAGGAUAACUUUUAACAACAGGAUAGUUUGGACAAAACUCAGCAGCACUUUUUCGUGCAGCUGUUGAUAAAAAUAGGAUCACCAACAUGAUUGCUAAUAUCCUUCCAAUGACGGAUAUGGCACAAGAAGAUGAAGAAUCACCUGUGUUUCCAGUGAAAUUCUUGUGUGUCUGGUUCAUUGCAGGAAUACAUUUAGAACUUCUGGGUGACUUGAUGCUGUGGCUAUCAAAAGUCAGCUUAGCUGUGCUCUAUUUUUGAGGACAUCCUGAUCCUCUCUUACCUCUACAUAGGGGCUAGUAUAACUUUUCAAAGCCUUUAUAGGUUACCAUCAAUUCUGCUGAUAGGAUUUGAAUUCUGUUAGCACACAACUCUUUAGAGCGCCUUUCCUUAAUAAUGUCUUCAAUCUGGUUUGGGCUGUUCAAAAGACAAAUUAUCAAUUUUAUGGAGAGCUACUAUUGACCGUUAAGGUCAGUUACGUUUUAGCCACUGAGCCACGUUAAGGGAUGCAGUGGCUCAGUGGCUAAGACGCUGAGCUUUUCAAUUGAAAGGUCGGCAGUUCAGCGGUUCAAAUCCCUAGUGCUGUGUAACUGAGUGAGCUCCCGUUAUUUGUCCCAGCUUCUGCCAACCUAGCAGUUCGAAAGCACGUAAAAAAUACAACUAGAAAAAUAGGGACCACCUUUGGUGGGAAGAUAACAGCAUUCCAUGCACCUUUGGCGUUUAGUCAUGCCGGCCACAUGACCACAGAUACGUCUUCGGACAGCGCUGGCUCUUUGGCUUUGAAACGGAGAUGAGCACUGCCCCCUAGAGUCAGGAACGACUAGCACUUAUCUGCAAGGGGAACCUUUACCUUUACCUUACUAUUGACCAUCUACUGAUGACAUAUUUAUUGAACAUGCAAUUUGAUGUUGCAUACUGUACCACCAGAAGAUCUUUAUCCUUAGGUUGCUACCCCAUUUAAAUAGCUUCCAUCCAGGAGCUCUGGAGCAGAGUUUUUCAAACUGUAUUUCAUGGAAACUUAAUGAAUUCCAUGAGAGACUAAAAAAUCCCACAUUAUAUAAGGCCAAUUUUCUACCACUAGAAAUUUGCCUCUUGAUUACUGUUGCCUAAGCCUGCCAGAAGGACCUUGGGUGUGGGUGUGGGUGUAAUGAUAUUGGGAGUCCUGCCAGAGGACCUUGGGGGGGGGGGGGUGUAAUGAUAUCGGAAGUGAAAAGGUGAUGCAAUUGUGCACCUAUUUCUCACAAUAAUUAGAAGUGGAAAAUAGGGGCUCUAAACAGGAUGCUUUAUUUGCAUUGUACUUCUGACUUUUGCCUUAGUUGCUGAUCACUUGUAACAGUAAAGCAAGAAUAAUGUCCUUCAGCCUGACAAAGUGAAAUGUAUUGGAAUUUCCUGAAAUGUCAUAGUUUAAGGGAAAUGUGGGUAGCAAUAAUUACGAUGAUGAAUAAUUAUUUUCAAAAUAAAUAUCUUUUUAAAAUCUGGUAAGAAUAAUUAUAUAUUAAAACAUAAAAAUAAAAAACCACCACCACCAGAACUUUCAACUGGCAUAUGCUGCAUCUAUGGAAGUAUAUACAGUAGCAACUUUUCACUGUUAAUGAAUAUGGCAAUGUGUGGUAGUAACUGUCCCUUGAGUUCUAGGAGCGUUUAGACCUAGAUAUAUUUCAGAAGACACAUUUUCCUGUAUGAUCGCUGCAAAUCGAUUGUAUUCCACAAAAUAAAUUGCUUUUUAUAAUAGUCAUUCACUUAACCCUAAUAAAUGCAUAUGCUUUUUUAAAGAAUGGUUUCCUGAAACAUGAUAUAGAGUAGCUUUACCAAAAGAAAUCAGAUAAUGUAGAAAACUGCCUAAAAAUACUGAGGUAAGGAUAUCCUUCCAAUCACAACUCAGGUCUAUAAAGUCCAGCUCCCGGUAUUUAUUUUUACACAAUCCCAUGGACUUCCAUUUAAUAAUUUCUGAACAUUAGAAUAUGAAGAGCUACUGAUUGCUGUAUAUUUAGAAAUGGAGGGACAUUAUUUGCAGUAUCAUUUGAAGUAUCUUUUUUAUUUGCUGUUCUAAAAAGUGUAGUGGUUGUUCUGAACAAUUUGCAGCCUAAAUGCCAUGAUAACUCUUGUUCGAUGAUGACACACAAAGGAUAAAAUUUUGUAACAGGAAAGUAUUAUUUUUUACUCCAAAUCUUAACUCCUCUACUGUUUGAUUCGCACCUGUUGUAUCUAGACUAUUUCUAAAAUCAUCAAACCUGUUUACAUUCAGCAUUCAUUGCUGCUUUCAUUUAACUGUUGAACUAUUGUGUGCAGAUAGGAUUGGCAGAAGGGAAUUUGUGGAUAAUAAUCAGAUUAUAAGUUUACUGUUAUUAUUGUACAGUAAUAUCCUGAACAAAAAUGUGUUUACUUUGUAGAUCUUAUUUUUGUACUUAUAUUGGUGAUUAUAUUUGGGUUAUAUUUAUGAUUUUUUUAAAAAAAAUGUGGGUGAUUUAAUUUACUUCUGUUAAAAAUGUUCUGUACUGUAUUUUUGGAAAUCUUAUUUAUAAAUAAACUAUUGUGUGCUUGUAUUCCCUUUUAAGAGAUAUAAUGCUGCUUACAAAAAUGUGUAUAUUUGAACAGUUUUCUAAUAUUUGAAUUCAAAUCCUAAAUUCCUUACAGAAUUCCAUGUGUAGUAAACAUGUUGCACAUUGGGUUUUAUAGUUUAAAUUAAGAAACCCUCUAAACAUAGUUGUAGUUCCAUAUGCAAAAUAUCAUGAAAUAAAUUAUUAGAGCAA